UUAAUCUCCCACUUCACUUGCUCCACUUAUUAAACCCAUAACAUUGACUGGUGCCUGCCCCUGUUUUCUCCAUCCCUCCUCCAUUUCAUUCACUACUCUCUCUCUCUCUCAUGGACAACAAAACAGGAGGCAGAGUUUGAGAACUGAAACCCAGUUGCAGAAAAAGAAAAUGAGAAUCUUGUUGAGGUUUUUGGUUCUUCUGGUGCUGAUUGCAACAUCAGAAUCCAAAUGCAACAGCACAGACCAAGAACAAGUCUCCAAGGCUUUCAAAUCAGUCGCAGGUUUCAAUCUCUCUUGGCUUCAUCAACAACAAGGAUAUCAAUCCAACUGUUCAAGCCCGCCCAUCACAGAAAUAAAGCUCCCCUCCAGAAAUCUCAGCGGGAUCAUAUCAUGGAAGUACCUCAGAAACAUGUCACAGCUGAGCACCCUUGAUCUCUCAAGCAACAAUCUCAAAGGCUCUGUUCCAGGUUGGUUUUGGUCUCUUUCAAGCUUGGUCCAAGUCAAUCUGUCCAAGAACAGGUUCGGAGGGAGCUUUGGGCUCGAACCCAUCUCGGGAAAUGGCUCCUUUUCCUCGGUUCAGGUGCUCAAUCUCUCAACCAACAGGUUCACCAACUCUGUUCAGCUUUCGGGUUUCCCAAAGCUUAGAGUUCUUGACCUUUCUCACAACGAUUUGGGCACUCUGCAACCAUCUGCUUUCGCCAACCUCACCAAUCUCAAGCACCUCGACAUCUCAAGCUGCAAAAUUUCAGGCGAGUUGAAACCCAUCUCUGUUUUGCGCACAUUGAGCUACCUAGACGUCUCAGACAACAGCAUCAAUGGUACUUUCCCUUCAGAUUUCCCUCCCCUUAGCAGCCUCAAAUUCUUGAACAUUUCGUUCAAUAACUUCACAGGCAUAGUUGGGUCAGAAAAGUACCAAAAAUUUGGCAAAGCCGCUUUCAUCCACGCCGGGAAAGAUCUCACCUAUUUCAACACUUCCAAAACCAAAGCCCCAAGCUUUCACAAUUCCAUCGCAAACCCACCUCACAAACCCCUCCAAAAACACAAACCCACAAACCAAAUUAAACCCAUCCACAGAAAACCCAAAAAGACUCUGACUAUUAUCCUAUCUUCUGUAUCUACAUUUUUAGUCCUUGUAUCCGUAGGCAUUUGCAUAGCGUACAGAUGUAGAAGAAAGCAAGUGGCCAAAAAGCACAAAUGGGCAAUCUCAAAACCGGUCCAAUUGGUCCCCUUCAAGAUCGAAAAAUCAGGGCCCUUCUCUUUCGAAACAGAGUCAGGGACUUCAUGGGUUGCCGACAUCAAAGAGCCAACUUCAGCUCCGGUGGUGAUGUUCGAGAAGCCACUGAUGAACCUCACCUUCAAGGACCUGAUCGCUGCCACGUCACACUUCGGCAGGGACUCCCAACUCGCAGAGGGCAGGUGUGGGCCCGUCUACACCGCCGUGCUCCCAGGAGACCUCCACGUGGCGAUCAAAGUCUUGGAAAACGCCAGAGACGUUGAUUAUGAUGACGCGGUGAACAUGUUUGAAAAUCUGUCGAAGCUCAAGCACCCCAAUCUGUUGCCUCUCUCCGGUUACUGCAUUGCAGGGAGAGAGAAGCUGGUGUUAUACGAGUUCAUGGCAAACGGAGACUUACACAGGUGGCUGCACGAGCUUCCAACCGGGGAGCCCAACGUAGAGGACUGGACUGGUGACACAUGGGAGCAAUACGGGGCCUACUCACCCGAAAAGAAGGGUUGGCUCACGCGCCACCGCAUUGCUGUCGGGAUAGCGCGUGGAGUGGCGUACCUACACCACGCUGGGUCCAGGCCCGUAGUCCACGGCCACCUCGUAACUUCCAACAUAUUGUUGGGGGCAGAUUUCGAGCCAAGAAUAGCGGAUUUUGGGUUGCGAAAUGUGGGAAGCCGCAUAGAUAUUGGCGGCAGUGGGGCGGAGACGGAUGUGUAUUGUUUUGGGGUGGUGUUGAUGGAGCUGUUGACGGGGAGGACCGGGACGGCGGAGAUGGUGGUAUGGGUGAGGAGGCUGGUGAGGGAGGCGCGUGGGAUGGACGCGCUGGACGAGAGGUUGAGAGAGAGUGGGGAAUUGGAGAGGGAGAUGGUGGAGAGUCUGCGAGUUGGGUACUUGUGUACGGCAGAGUCACCUGGGAAAAGGCCCAGCAUGCAACAGGUCCUGGGUUUGCUCAAAGACAUACAUCCCAGUCCCACUCUCACCAUGGGCUUGGGCUAACUCCACUCCUCCUCCUCCUCCUUCUCCUCACGCGCUAUGAAAUCGCGUGGAAUUGGGAAAUUAGAAAUGAAAACGAGAUGCUUUUUUAUUAUUUAUUUUUCCUCUUUUUAAUAUUCAAGAUCAAAGGGUGAAUGAAGGGGACCACGUUUGGUUGUCUCAAAUUUAAGAAUUUAAUUAUUUUAUUUUA